UGCAGUAUUGUUUCCAUCAUGAAGAGGUCUCUUCCUUUCCCGAGCUGGGUCAGAGCAGCGAGCUUGUUCCUGUGUUUCACCCAGACUGUCCUGGCUAUGGUCCUCACCAACUCCACACGACUCGAAUCCAUCCUGGACAAGUACAGGGACAAGGAUGAGCAGUGGUGGAGGGCCAGGUCGAGAGGGAAGAGGGCCAUCAGUGAGGGAGACAUGCACCUCAUCCUUGACCUGCACAACAAGCUGCGGGGUCAGGUCCACCCUCCUGCCUCCAACAUGGAAUACAUGGUAUGGGAUUAUGAGUUAGAGAGGAGCGCAGAGCACUGGGCACAUACCUGCCGAUGGGAACAUGGACCGAGCCACAUGUUGACACAAAUAGGUCAAAACCUUGGAGCGCACUGGGGCAGGGACCGCCCCCCUACAUACCACGUCCAGGCCUGGUAUGAUGAGGUGAGGUACUACAGCUAUCCCUACUCCCAGGAGUGUAACCCACACUGCCCAUUCAGAUGUUCAGGACCUGUUUGUACUCACUACACUCAGUUGGUGUGGGCGACAAGCAAUCGUAUUGGCUGUGCAAUCAAUGUGUGUUACAACAUGAACGUGUGGGGAAUGAUCUGGGCUAAGGCUGUCUAUCUGGUCUGCAACUACUCGCCACCGGGCAACUGGUGGGGUCAUGCUCCAUACAAAUAUGGAGCUCCCUGUUCUGCCUGUCCAGCUAGCUAUGCUGGAGGCUGCAGGGACAAUCUCUGCUAUAAAGAUGGGGGUGUUGACAGGCGUCCAGCUCCUGAGAUUGAGGAGACCAACUAUAUUGAACCUGAACCAGAACCAGUAAGGGACAGGGAGCCCCAACCCAGGGCCCAGAGCCCAAACCCCUCGCCCAAUGACAACCUAGAGAGAAACCAGGUUGUCAGCACAGAGCAGAUGUGCCAACAGGUUGAAUGUGAGACUAAGCUGAGAGAUCAGUGCAAGGGAACCACCUGUAACAGAUAUGAGUGUCCACCUGGCUGCCUUGACAGUCCUGGAAAAGUUGUUGGGACUGGAUAUUAUGACAUGCAAUCCAGUGUGUGUGGAGCUGGGUUACACUCUGGCAUUAUUGACAAUGAUGGAGGAUGGCUGGACGUGACCAGACUGGGCAGAAAACAACAAUUCACCAAGUCAUACAAGAAUGGUAUUCAGUCACUUGGGAAAAACAGGAGUGCAAAUUCCUUCAAAGUUGAGACGGUGCCUGUCAAGGCAGUAGCAUGUGAUACCACCGUAGCACUUUUCUGCCCUUUCAAGAAACCUGUACGACACUGUCCCAGGUUGUACUGUCCCAGGAACUGUCAACGUGACAGCCGAGCCCGAGUCAUUGGGACAAAACACUACUCAGAUAAAUCUAGUAUCUGCCGAGCAGCCAUUCAUGCUGGAGUGAUCCAGAAUGAGUCUGGAGGAUACCUCGAUGUGAUGCCUGUGGACAAAAGGAACCAGUACAGUGGCAGUUACCAAAACGGCAUCACCUCGGAGAGCCUACUGAACCCAACCGGUGGAAAAGCCUUCAGAGUGUUUGCAGUCAUCUGAAAAACCACUGUCAAAGGACAGAGUACCGUCAAACAUGGCCACUUCACAUCCAGCAAACCCACUCAUUAUCAUCUUACAACCUGCCAUUACAUUUACUCCUGCAGUAAAUAAUUUGUUUUUUCAGCCUCUGACACUAAAAGUGCAGCAUGACUUUACUCAAGGCUUCCCCUCAAAGUCUGGUCUUGAGUGAAUCAGUGUCCAAUAAUAGCUCAGCAAUGGAUGUUUGGUGGAUGAUGAUCCUAGAUGUCUUUUGCCUUACGUCUUUUCUACAUUUCUAGAGCUGACCGUAAUGAUAACAUUGGGCUACCAUGCAUCUUUUGCUGACAUGAUAUCAUGACAUCAUGUUUUUUAUUACAGAAAAGUUGAAAAAACACCACAACAUUUAGCACCACUCCAAAUGCCUCCCACAAUGUCAGACCUUGACGGUUAACAUCAGUGGUUUAACCAAAGAGAUACACCUGGUAAAUAACAGGCAGCCAGACACAGAGUCAUAAAAUCAGUUCAUUUUGUAGAAGCAAAUUUAGUUUACUAUUUAGUCAGACCGUUCGUGCUGAAAUGAAUUCUCUGGUCAUUUGUUGCCAUCACACUUGCUCAAAGCAACUUUCUGUAUGUAUAUAUUUCUAUGGAGGACCAAACCAGUCCACAUCCAUUCAAAAAACAGUGUCCCUACAGUGUGCUGUUUGAAUGAUGUCUGUGCAGAGUUUGACACUAGAGAGAAGUUUUCACA